UCUGCAAGGCAGAUAUGUCUUUUGGCUAUCUGUGACACUUGGAUACAGAUCUUCUUCUGGAACAGAGAAGGCACCACCCCUCUUCUGAAGCAAUCUCCUUCUCUUAUUUCUUCACCCCGGGCCCAAAGCAGGUGAUUUUAUAAGCUGGUAGAUUUAAGAACCCUCUUGGGAAGACAACAUUCAGCUCUUCUGGCAAAGGCAGCUCUUCUGCAGAAGAGGUUUUUGGGAUGUCUGAAUCCACAUCAGACAUUAUGGAGUUUAGCGGGACUCAUCAAGCGUUCCGGGACCGCUGGGCGAAGACAGAUGAUGAGAUGUGCAAGCACAGUAUGUCUUUUCACUUGCACAACACCUUGAGGAAGGAGUUUUUCGCCAGCUACCUGUAUCUCCUGGAGCAGAUUCCCCUGGUAAAACUCUAUGCCGUGACUUGUGAGUACAUUAAAGGGGAGAAGCAGUUUUACUACAGGGCACAGAACUUCUACAAAGAUGUCCCAGCAUCCGAAGAGGGCAUGAUGGGAGAUUUCGUGGAGAUAUCGGAGAUUGACCUUGAGGGCUCAAGACAGUUCCUGAAGAAGUUUGUUGGUCCGGGAAAGGCGGGCACCAAGCGUGCGUUAGACUGUGGCUGUGGAAUUGGUCGAGUGUCUAAAGGGGUUUUGUUUCCUGUGUUUGAAUCCAUGGAGAUGGUUGACAUGAUGGAGGAGUUUAUCCUUCACGCUCAUGAAUGUUACCUUGGAGAUUAUGCAGACCGGGUGGAAUCCUACUUCCUUUACAAUCUGCAAGAAUUUAUCCCAGCUCCACAAAGAUACGAUGUCAUCUGGAUGCAGUGGAUCGCCUGUCAUCUUACUGACAAAGACCUGAUGGAGUUUUUAGCUCGUGCUAAAGAAAGUCUGAAGCCCAACGGUGUGAUCAUUAUUAAGGAUAACAUGGCACGACAGGGCUGCAAGCUGGAUCCCAUCGACAGCAGCAUUAUUCGCCACCUGGACAUCAUGAAGAAUAUCAUUCAGGCCGCAGGUCUCACCAUACUGGACGUGGAGAAACAGGAAGGGUUUCCUGAGGUCAUCGUACCUGUAUGGAUGAUUGCCAUGCGCUGACCCACCGAAUGAUUAGGUGGUUUAAAGUAACAGGUUUUGAGUAUUUAUUCUCAAUGCUUUUAAAUGCACUUAGUCUACAUUCUAUUUUUUAAAUGCACAUUUAAUUCCACUUAGCUUCCAUUUACCAGCUAAUAUGUAAAAAACUAUUAACUUAUUUUCGAUCUAUGAAAUUCUGUGUUUUUUGGAAACCCCUUUAGUAUUCAAACUACUACACUGAAAAAAUGAUUCAUUAAAUUUGCUCAAAAAUUUUAAGGUAAGUAUUAGCAUGCAAAUAAAUUAUCUAAUUUUAGAUAUAUGGAUUUAGUUGAACUUACUCAAUUGUUUUUUUUUCGUGCCUUAAAUUGAGGGUAAAAAUAAGAGAAUUCACCAAUGCUACUAUUUUCUAAUCAUGUUACUGUUAGUUUUACUUAAAUCUAGAAAUAUUAUUAUAAUACAGCAACAGCACACAUUAGCUAUAACACUCAAUUGAAACAGAAGCUGAUUAUAAUAAUGUUAAUGCUUUCUAAUCAAUGCAUUUACACUUUCAGGGUAAUGCUUUGCUUUCUGAUCAAAACAACACUAAAUAACUGAUAAAUGUCAAUGAGUAAUGGUAACCAUUUAAAAACCCAACAACAAAACAGAAACUCUUUCAAAUACUAAUAUAACAACAUACUAAACAUUAAUAAGUCUCCCUCUUUUAUUAUUUUAAUUAAAAAUAAAUAAAAUAACCCUUUAUUUUGAUAUUUACUCUCAUGCUGGGAAUUGGAAAUCCCAGCACAGUUUUAGCAAUAUUUCUUCUUUAUUACAACACAAAUUAUUCAUGUAGUCCCAACUUAAACAGGCCAAUUACACAUAGGUUGAUUUAAAACACAAUAUGCCUAGAAACCAUGCAAUAUAUUUCAAUUCAAUGAUAUUCUAAUGGAUUAAAUGAGCACAUUUUAAUUAUGUUAAAUUUAAUUAGGGUCAGAAUCAUUUUUUUCAUUGUAGAAUUUGUGUGAAACUAUAUACACUAUAUAUAACUUAAAAUGCAAGUUUGUUUUAAACCAUUGUUGGGUCCAUUUAACCAUUUUUUGACUCAACGCUGAGUUGAAAAUAACCCAACAUUUUUUUUAUAGUGUAUAUCUUCCAAAAAACAAAGAGGUGUAAAUAAUUAUAUUUGCAUUUUCAAUAUCUAUAUUUAUUUUUACAUUUAGUUUCACAAAGUAAAGCUAUUUAUUCUUUUUUUUUUUUUUUACAAAAAACAUUGCUUUUGUCUAAUAUAAAUAAAAGUUUGAUGUGUAAUACUUUGUUAUUUAGUUUGCUGUAGUAAUAGUUUUGGCUAAUAAAUGAAAACUCACCAAC